AUGAGUUUUAGACCUAAUCGAGCUUUUAUCCCAAAUCCAAAUUAUAAUGAAAAAGACAGCAACCGAAGAUUCAAUUUUGCAAGAAAACUUAGGAAUGACCAAAGGGAAAAAUUUCGGGAGAAAAAUCAAGGCUUAGGAGAAUUUUCUGAUGAAAACUCUGUCUUCUAUUGUAACCAAAUAAUGACGGAAGACUAUUUGACGUCGCUUGAUUAUAUUGAUGGCAUAAAUUUCUUAGUAAUGCCACGUCCUCUAGGAGAGAAAUGUUUAUUAGUGACAAAAAACGGUAGAACGUAUCUAUACGGGUAUUCAGGGUUCUUAAUUAUGCAUUUUCAGUCGUUUUUCCCUGUUGAUGACCUUGAUGAUGACUUUAUAAUACUUGACUGUAUAUUUAACCAAGACUCGAAUACCAUUUUUAUUCAAGAUAUCCAGCUUUGGGAACGGCAAAAUCUCUGUGAUAUUAAGGCAGAAGAUAGACUGACUUAUUUGAAGACUAAAUUGGAGGAAAUUGAUAUAAAAUUUAUAAUGAAUAAUAUAUUAUAUCUGUUUAUAGCUUUAUAUUAUAUGUAAAGAAAUAGGGUAAUGGUACUCACAGGCAAUAUAUAGUUUUCUUAAAUAAUAUACAAGCACAAAUAGAACUAAUUAUCAAUUUCAAAGACUCCCAUGAGUCUCUGCAAACAACGAAGGCUUAUCUUGGGUCUAUUUUUCUCAGUGGCCUUUUCCAAGAGACGGUAUAACCUUUUACAAUAAAUCAGGUUCUUAUGUGCACGGCCUCAAUCCUGACGUUUUGAUCUGAAAAGACAGCAACUGCUCAAUAGACUGCCAAAUAAGGACUGGAAAUAUAGAAGUAAUGCUCCGAGCUAAAUUUGACGGAUCUUUACAAACUCUAGAAGGCUACACACUAUUUAAGCUUGACAAAAAAAUCAUGAGAAAAAACGAAAUCUGCCACUGGUCAGUCCUUAAAUGUUAUAUAUGAGAUUUAGACUGAGAAAGCCAUGACCCUAAAAUUAAUCGACUAGAAGUUAUAGCAGCCACUGAUAGAAUUCACCCUUACUCGUGAAGACAAGUGCUGUUUUUGUACCUUUUUGAUAUAAAUCCAAUUACAUAUGGGAUGAUAGAGCAAGCUUUGGCAACUCAAAUGGAAUAUAGUGAAAGAAUGCCUAUUCUUUAUUUAAAUUAA